CCUGAUUUGGAAGUACAACGCGCAGAGCUUGAAGCUGUGUGGAGCGUUCCACUUUUGACGAGAGCGAAGUCCCGGGUGUUUACUAGGAAUUAUUCAAUGUUAUUGACGAUAGAAAAAUUGAGGGCCUGCGGUUUUACUAAUUUCGCCCCGCCGUCGUGACUCUUUCUGAUGGAUUCCACCGUCGCUACGCUCGUAAUCGAAGGCCGCGGGGGGGAUUUAUAAAACCCUAAUCAUACAGCGCCACCGCAAUUGAGCUGGGAAGGGCGUGGAGUCCUAGAUUCGACGGCGUUUCUGCAUAUUUCGGUUCUGAGGUCUUGAAUUAUUUUGCGUUGAAUAAUCGAAUAGUAUUAUUAUGUAUAGAUCUGGAGCAGUAAUGGCGUGGAACGUGUUCAAGUUCUGCACUGCUCUCCGAGGGCUUGGGUCGAUCAUGAUACUAUUGGUUCUCGCCGUCGUUGGCGUAUCCUAUUAUGCCGUAGUGAUUACGACUUACGGCCCCGGACUCGCUGCCGGCGGCCUCGAUUCGCUCAUCGCUGUUGUCGUUCUGAUCUUGUUCCAUUCUCUGUUAGUGAUGCUAUUGUGGAGUUAUUUUUCAGUUGUAUUUACGGACCCAGGUAGUGUGCCUCCAAAUUGGAGGCCAUCAGUGGACGAAGAAAGAGGGGAUAAUGACCCGUUAACUGGGUUGGACUUUCCAAGUGAUCCCGAGAAUGAUAGAGUUCGUUUUUGUCGCAAGUGUAACCAGCUCAAGCCACCUCGUUGUCACCACUGCUCUGUUUGUGGAAGGUGUGUGCUGAAGAUGGACCAUCAUUGUGUUUGGGUUGUCAAUUGUGUCGGGGCUUUGAAUUAUAAGUACUUCCUUCUCUUCCUGUUCUACACCUUUUUAGAGACUACUCUCGUUGCUUUAUCAUUGCUUCCUCAGUUUCUUGCGUUCUUUAGUGAUGGAGAGAUCUCUGGAACUCCCGGAACACUGGCAACCACUUUUCUUGCCUUUGUUCUAAACUUGGCAUUUUCUCUGAGUGUAAUGGGAUUCUUGAUUAUGCACAUAUCAUUGGUGUCCGGCAAUACCACAACCAUUGAGGCUUAUGAAAAGAAAACUACUCCAAAAUGGCGAUAUGAUCUUGGACGAAAAAGAAACUUUGAGCAGGUGUUUGGGACAGAUAAGAAGUACUGGUUUAUCCCAUCUUAUACCGAAGAUGACUUGAGGCGAAUUCCCGCCCUUCAGGGUCUUGAAUAUCCUUCAAAACCUGACCUGGAUGCCCAAGAAUUCUGAGAUGGACAUCUAGACAUGCUUCCAACCUAAUUUCUUACACUGGUGGUGCUCUUGAAAUCGUAUGUUCCUCGUCAUCUAUGAAUUAUUCUCACAGAAUGCAGUUAAUUCAGGAAGUGCAAUUCACGUUGCCUUUCUUGAAGUAACCGAUGUGUAGUUAGGAGUCGUGCAACUAACUCGGUGGAUUGGAGCUGAUUAGUAUAUAUAUGAUUAUCUUUUGUAUGUCGAUACAAAAGAAUUGAACCUCCAUACCGAUCUUCGGAUCCCGGGAAUAGGUUUUGUUGAGUCUGUAUGAUGCGAGGAGAAGGCAGCCCAACAUUGUUGUAUCUUGCAAGGCUUUGUUUAGAAAUGUAGAAUUUUUUUUAAUUUUUUUUUUGGCAUUCCGACAAUUUUUACACUUUAUAUUGUUAAUAGUUUUGUCUUUGUUUUUGUAUUGUUUUUAAUUUAUAUGGUGUUUUUAAAA